UAUGAGCGUGCGCAGUGUUGAAACCGGAACUCUACGUUUCCCUAGGUUACCAUCAACAAGUCCGUCAACCAGCGUUCUGUAGCUACCAAUGUGCCUUUAGAAAGUAGCAUAUGAAUAGCUGCGUGGUAUUUAUCGAAGCCGACAAUCAUCAUCUUGGUUAAUUUAGCUAUAAUAGCACCAUAGGAAGCUUAGUAGCUACUAGUUACAGUUAGCGAACACUAGCUAGCAUGCUAAUGUCAAUGAACGCAAUCACAGGAGGCUGUUUAUAGUUUUCAAAAUGACAGACCAGGAGUUCAGGACACUGGCUUACACAAAAAGCCCGAAAACAUCGAGAAGAACAACAUUUCAGGAUGAACUUCAGGCUGCUGUCUCUGCCAGAGCAAGCAAAUCUAAAACAGAUCAAUACUCGUACUCAGAUGACUUCAGUGAAGACGAGGACGAUUUUUUGAAUAAACUCUGUAAAUCAAGAAAACAGAAGUCUAAUGCAUUGAAGGUUGGGAAGAGCAAAGCCAAAAUCAACAACUUUGAGCUCUCAGACGACGAAGGCAAACAUGGGAGAACAAAGAGAGUUUCAUUCCUGAAAACGCCGAAAACUCCCUCGGAAGACACAACGGCAUCAGAGCCACAUGAAAAUGAGCCACCGGACUACUCCGCCAGCGGCUCUUACAAUAACUUGUUUUCCCCACAACACUCCACAAAUGUCAGUGAAGAUAAUGUACAGUUUAAAGACAGUCGUGUGGAAUCUACCGAUCCACAAACUACAAGAGAGAACUCGAGUAAAUCUCUGUCGUACCAAACAUCAGACGAUACUCUGCUGGACUUGCCAUUGCCCUUACCAUCUGACAGCAGUGUGAUGGACUCUCCAGGUCCCCUUGUUUCUGAGAGCACUGAGGAGAGGAGAGAUUUAUCAACAGCGGACCUCAAACACAUGUCCUCAGCAGACAGUGUUACUGAGAGGGAGCCACCCAGACCCAAACCACGACAAAGGACUCUGGGAUUUAGCCUCCAUGCAACAGAGAAGAUAGCUGAAGAUGCUGAAUCUCAGGAUACCAGUAGGCCCCAGACUUCCUCUGCAUCUAUUCCCCUCUCCACUGAUACAUCUAGCAACAUCAGUAAAGCCUCAUCUUCACACUGGGCAGAGGGAGAUCACGCUGAUUCACAUAGCUUCAGCAAAUCCUCUUCAAGUAAGAGUGAGCAGUCACAACUCUUCACCAAGUCCACAGUUGAUUCUGGGUCCAGAGAUGGCUUUAUUUCUGAUGACAGCAAAGAGCAAGAGAGAAAGUACUCUACAUCAUUCGAAGAGUUUAAUGAGUCAAGAGAUCACUCAGAUCAUUCUGUUGCUCAAGUCACUCAUGUCCAUGAAAAAUCAUCAGAUAGCAGGACAUCGAGUUCUCACUCUAAGAGCUCUCAGAGACCCCAGAGUGCAUGCUCCAGUAAAAUAGAAUCAAAGUAUUUGGGAAGUCUCAAAGUUCUGGACCGUAAAGUGUCACUGCAAGAGUCUCCGCCACAAGCAGCAGAUUCACUCAGAGCCGCUAUUUACCAGGAAUGGCUCAAAAAGAAAAAGGAAAAGUCAAGAGAGAAUAUGCUGCUAAAGAAGAAAGAGGAGAUUCUGAAAGAAAAAAAGAAACAGGAAGAAGAAGCUAAAAAGGAAGAUGCUGUUGCGUCAUAUGAGGCCUGGAAAGAAAAGAAAGCCCAGAGCCUCAAAGCAAAAGCCAAAGAAAAGCAAGAUGUGAUUAGAAAAGAGAAAAGAGAUAUUGAAGAGAAAGAGAGAAAAAAGCAAUCUGCUACACAGGUGUUUGAAAAGUGGAAACGUGAGCAUGAUCAUGUACUUAAAGAAAAGUAUAGAAAACAAAGAGAGGCUGAAAGUAAACUUCAGCAAAAGAAACAAGAAGAGGAGGAAGAAAGAAAAAGAGACAGUAGAUCAGCGUUUUCUGACUGGUGUGAGAAGAAGAACGAUGCCGUGCAAAACAAAGUCACGACAGAGCGCAAGGAAAAUAAAGAUAAAGCAGAGGAGGAACGAUACAUGAAAGAAGAGAGAGAUAAAAUGGCUUUAGAGAUGUAUGAACACUGGCUGGCAAGGAAAGAGCUAGAACAGAAGAGACGGAGAGAAGAAAGACAGAUACGAGCAAUACUGCAAGACAGUCCUCCUCCACCUUGGAGCCCUCCUAAUAAAACUAUACCAUUUCGAAAAUAACAUUUGAAAUGUAACAUACCACCCUUAUAAUAUCUGUGGGUGCUAUGUUACAUUUUAAGUUGUAAGUUUUGUACUGUUAGUCGUACCCAACAUGUGUUUUAAACAUAGCUAAUGACAGCUGUUUAAUUUUAUUUUUUAUUAGCCAGCAGCUGUAGUGCAAUUUUAUAUUUUUAUAUAUUUUUUGGAUGAAAUAUUGAAGCAAACAUUUUUGCUUUAGAAAGUUGCAUUUACUGUCUGUUCAUGUUUGACAGCAAAAGCCUUUUUUUUGUAAACGCGACAGUCUGUUUUUACUGUGUUAUACGUCAGAAUGUAAAGCAGCAAUAAACAUCAGUAA